UUAAAAUUUAAUUAAAAUAAAUUUCUUUAUCGUUUCUGACAAAAAAAAACAUGGAAAAAUUCUUGAAAAUUUUAACAUUAUCGGUAUUGGUUCUAGGUAUCCAAGUAAUUAAAUGCGAUGAAAUUGGCGAUAUCCACCCUGUUACUACUACCAAACUCACGGACACUUUGGCAUCAGGGCGCUUAGAAAAUAUCGGCCAGAAAUUCACCUUGCAAUUAUUGAAAUCUUUGCAGGACAAAAAUAUAGGACAUACAAAUGGCAUCCCCGUUUCGGAUCAGAAAAAUUUGAUAUUUUCACCUUUUAACAUUAUCGAUGCUCUGACUCUUUUGUUGCUGGGAGCCGGAGGUGAAACGUUUAAGGAGUUGUUCAAAACUUUACAUUACGGAGAUGUAUUCCGUGGAUCGAAGGAUAUUACUGCCAAAAAUCAGGAAAUUUUACACACGGCCAUUCACGGGGCUAUUCGAACUCUUAAAAAUUAUCGAAAUACGACCAUAGAGAUAUCGAACGCGAUUUAUCCGGAAGAAAGUUUUAAAAUCGAUCCUACCUUCAUCAAAAAAGCCUUCAAAUAUUACGAGGCGCAGGUCAAGACUUUGAAUUACAAAUCUCAAGCCGAUGCCGGGGUUAAGAUCAUCAAUUCCGAAGUUUCUAAGAAUACUAAGGGCUUAAUCAAGGACUUAUUACCUCGCGGGUCUCUUGAUUCGAACACCAAAUUAGUCAUGGUGAAUGCCAUUUACUUUAAGAGCGAUUGGGAUGACCGUUUCGACACAAAGUUAACCACUUUACAGGCCUUUACGAGGGACGAUGGAAUAGUCGAAAAUGUUAAAAUGAUGUUUGGCCACAAGAAUGCUCGAUACGGUAGCACUAAGAUGAAGAUGAUAGGAGACCUGCCAACUUCUGUUCCAGAUCAAGAGAUCCAAGUUCUCCGAAUGCAAUAUGCCAAUCCCAAUUUGGCUAUGUUUUUUGUGCUCCCCGAGAAAAAUGGAUUAUCAAAUUUGAUCAAGGUCUUAUCCAGCGAAUCACUCUCUUCCCUGAUGAAGAUGGUCGAAAACACCUUGGUAGAUAUUACUCUUCCAGUUUUCGAGACAAGAUACGAUGUCGCCCUCUCCGAGACCCUGAAAAAUCUUGGUCUUAGAAACAUAUUUGACUCCACUGCAGAUUUUACUGGUUUGACAGGAUCAAUUACACCUAUCACCGAUAAGCUAUAUGUCAGCGAAAUAUUUCACAAGGCGGUUAUCGAGGUGAACUAAAAAGGAACCGAGGCAGCUGCAGCAUCCGGUUCAGUGAUAACCUCAUAUUCCUUACCAAUUGUUAGAAAAUUUAAAGCCGACAGGCCGUUCUUGUAUUUCAUCCUGGACACCACUGGUCAUGUCUUGUUCAUCGGGACUUAUAUCAAGCAAUAAUGAUCAUAAUUAUAUGAUAUAGCUUGCAAAAAAUUUUAUCUAAUAUAUAUAUAUAUACCUUUUAUUGUAGCACAUAUACUGUUUUGUUAUAUUAAUAUUGAAUGAAGGUUUUACUUUGAUUCAAAAAAAAAACGAU